GGGGGGGUGGGGGAACACCGGUUCGACAGGCGACGGUGAGCGGUGGCAGGCGGCGGUGAGUGGUGGACUUGGGCGUGGGCAGAGGUCACACCCAACUCUCCCAAGGCCCCAACACAUUUGGUGACUGGCUGGGUAGUUGGCUGGAUUCCUGGGUGGCAUUCGGUUGCUUGUCGUUGGCUGUCGCAAGAGGACCAUGAACGGGCGGAAGAAGCGCGGGGGCGUGUCGAGCCUGGCAACGGCGGUGGCGGGGCUGACGGAGCGGCAGAAGAAGGAGAUCCGCGAGGCGUUUGACUUGUUCGACUCGGACCUUUCUGGAGACAUUGAUCGGAACGAACUGGAUGUGGCUAUCCGGGCGCUGGGCUUUGAUCCAAACUCAAAGCGGAUCGAGACCAUGGUGGCGCACAUUGAUCAGGACGGCAACGGGUGCAUCGAGUUCUUUGAGUUCCAGAAGAUGAUGGCGGUGCUGAUGCGCGAGACCGACUCGGACGCGACGCUGCUCGAGGCCUUUACCGAGUUUGAUGUCGAUGGCAAAGGCAAGAUCACGUUUAAGAACAUCAAAGCCAUUGCGGCCGAGAUCGAGGUCGACAUCGAGGACGACGAGAUCUACCAGAUUCUCGAGGUGGCGACCGGCGAUCCGCUCGGCGCCAUCGCCUGGACCGACUUUGCGCGGAUGAUGAAGAAAGCGACGCGGUGAGGUGGCAGAUGCGGGGACUAUGCGUCGUCGUCGUGCGGCAUACGCUGGAAGAGGGCAUGGUCGAAUGCACCGGUGACGGUCGGCUUGGGCGAAGCAGUGCCACACGAGUACGGCAUGAUCCAUCGGUCGAUGACUGACUCGCGCUCGGCAGUCUCACGCGAUGACGACGGGACGCGGUAGCCGCUGUGGGCAGGGCGGAUAGCUGAGGGUCUCCAGCGCGGCGCGCGCGGCCAGACCGAGCGCGGGCCGGGCCGUCGAGCCGCGUCCGAGUCCGAGUCGGAGCAGGAGGUCUCGGACGAGAGCGUGCUGCCUGAGUUGCGGAGCGCAAGCUUGGCGUAGGCGGCAAGGCUGGCGACAGUGUCGGCAAGUAGGGCCGGAAAGUAGGCGUUGAAUGGGUAGCCAAGCUCGGUGACGGCGUCGUCGAAGCGGGCAUCCUGCGCUUCCGACUGGCCCGGCAGCUCGGCACGGAGCUCGGCGCGGAGCUCGUUGUGGUGGCUCACGACGGUCGAGAGAGUGACCUCGAUGUCUGCUGCAAGCGUCUGCAUCUCCGAGUCCCAGUCCUCGCCAGGUACCACUACGACCUUGUGGUCGUGGACCGAGUAGACGACAAGGAUGCCGUGGUUCCACUCCUCGUAGCCGAGGCGCCAGUUGUUGAACAUGCCGCGUGCGUAGCGGGCGAAGCGGCCCUUGAGCUUGUCGCGGUUGACGACUCGGAGGAGAGUGACGAGGACAAUCGGGGCGCGGACGGUGUCAAAGACGUCGCGGAGGCGAGUCUCGAGUGAGACCGUGGCGCGCGGGCCAAAGACCCGCGCGUGGUCGACGACCAUCUGGUAGUACACGCCCUGAAUGGGGAGCGGCGGAAAGAGACCCCACCCGCCGCGGGCGUCAACGCAUGCCUGGCAUGGGCAAGGGCGUGGCUCACCGCCGCUGCGAGUUCUGCGGCUCUUCCGUCUGCUGCGCCGGAACGACCGAUAACCGAGAACGGCUUCGGGUGAGAUGGCAUACUUCAUGCCGCCCUUGCUUAACAUGGCGACGUCAACCAGCGUGGUGCGGAUCUUGUCAAUGGCGGCGAGGAGGACGGCUUCGAACCGG